UUCAUUAUUCAACCCUUUGAAUUCUGUUACAGGUACGGUGGAAUGUACGGUAAUGGUAUGAUGGGUGGCUAUGGUGGUCAGUAUGGACAUGGUAAUCCGGAGAGCAGUUUCGCGAGAUUGGCUGAAGAAUCAUCUCGAGGAGCAUUUCAAUCUAUAGAGGCUAUUGUAAAUGCCGUAACGUCUGUAGCCAAUAUGCUCAGUUCCACUCAUAAUGCUGUAUAUAGCUCAUUCCGAGCCGUUAUUGGAGUCGUUGAACAGUUGUCCAGACUCAAACUACAGCUCGCCCAAGUUCUCUUCUCCCUUUCACUGUUCAAAUUUAUACAGAAAUUGUGGAGAUAUUUGUUAGUACUGCUUCGUUUGAAACCAGCUAAUUAUGCUAGUGUAGAGGAGCUCGCCUGGGGAGAAAUCAAGCAGCCAUACGGUUCGGACCUACUUGCCGGACCGGGACCUCCAGCCGUAAACUGGCCUGCGAUCAUGUUUUGGUUGGUCGCACUGGGUGGUCCUUAUCUUAUCUAUAAAGCUAUUUCACAAAUGGUACGUUCAUUUGAGGAAAGCCGUAAAUGGGCUACUGGAACUGGCGCUCACUAUACUGCUCGGGCUCUGUACGAUUUCCAUGCUGCAAAUGAUCAGGAACUUUCAUUCAUGAGCGGUGAAUUACUUCGAGUUGCUCCGAAAGAAGAGCAGCCACGAGUUCGAGGGUGGCUUCUGGCAAGCUCACAAGAAGGCGAUCGUGUUGGUCUCGUUCCUAUCAACUACGUUAAAAUUAUCGGCCGAAAAUCCGAAUCUCCACCUCUUCGCGAACCAAUCGAUAACCUUUCGAGAUUUGAUAUGGCAUUUAGACCUCCAUCGUGA